AUGGCUGCCGCUUUUGCUGGGUGGCUGCGCGUCGCCUACGUGAUCCUGCUGGUCUUUUCGACGCUGUGCCAAGCAAGAUACGCGUCCGCCAUUUGCCCCUCGGAGAGCAACAUCCGUCCAUGUUCGUGCACACUAAUUGCUCUCGGAAUUAGAGUGUGGUGUUCGCGCAUUGCUAAUGAACACACCCUGCGCACCAUAUUGGCCUACCUGAGCAGCUACAAGCUGAAUUCACUCUCACUGGAGCACCUUAACUUUACGCUGACGCCGGACCUGUUCGACAGACUCGAGGUGGUCACGGUGAAGGUAAUGCAAUCGGAGUUUCGGAUAGAGAACCCUAUCGCCGAGCUGCACGCCUCGGGUGUGCCGAGCCGCAUCGAAGCUUUGAACGUGAGGCAGUCGACUCUCGACCUGGGUGACAGCUCCUUGGCCAUCCUGCGGGGACUCAGGCACAUCGAGGUAAUCAACAGCAACAUUGCGGUUCUAAGAAGGCGCUGGUUCAGCGGGCUGGGCCGGCUGAACCAGCUCGAGAUUGAGAAUACCAAGAUGAAACGCUUGGAAGACCGAGCGCUCGCGGGGCUCAACGAAGUGCAGAGAAUCGUCCUCAAGGCCAAUGAACUCAAGGAACUGCGGAGGAGUUACUUCCCCGAACUGGCCGCAAAGCUGGCUCACCUCGACUUCAGGUAA